UAGUCCGCAGUUAGUUGCUUUCGACGCUUUUGGCCAUUAAUAAUAAAGGCAAAUAUGACGCGACUCUCUUGACUGGAAGUCUAGUUAUGGCAAAAAGUAAAAAAAACUGAUCGCAUAAUUCAAGGUCGCGCCAUGAAGUAGUAAAGAAAACUCAACAGGUGGAAGUAAAACUAAAAUUCGAAGUGCUAGAAUGUCAAGUGAAGUGUCUCCCGAAAAAUACAACGACCACUUGAGAAUUUCAAUUUAAUUACGCCCAACUCGCGCACAAAUAUACAAAGCCACAUAUGAGCACGGCGAUAAGAUAAGCCAAAGGUGGGUCUGACGGUGAAAAAUGGGGAUUUGCAUGCCGAGACAAAUCUGUGGCUGAAACCGAAACCCUAACUAACCCAAAAACUCACAGCGAAACCAAAGCCACCACCGCAAGAGUGUCGAUGUCGUCGUUACAAUAGUACACUGAGGGAAAAUAAUAAGUGUGCCCUAAGAUGUACAUAUAAGUUUAAUAUGCAAGGCCCUUAAAAGUAAAAAGGGAGAAGCAAGACGAGUUGCCGCAGAAACCACAACCCCUCAACCAUAAGAUGCCAUGGGCAAGUGUGUCUCCCGGCAGUCGCCUCCGCACCACGAACUCGCGUCCCCAGCCGCGGAGCAUCAUCAAUCUGUAUUGACAAUCGCACUGUCCCACGAAGAUUUGGCCCAGGCGCACAAAAUCUGGCAGCAGUUGACAGCGAGUAAUGAAUACAUAGCAGGCGGCCCGUCAUCCCAGCAGGAGGAGCCCUUUUAUUACACCAUCAGCCGGCGGAAGCAAACGGAGCAGGCCGGGCUGCACAUCCAAUCCCUUUGCAAUGAUGCCAACGCCGACGCCCCAGCGGAUCCACUGACAUCACCCGGCGCAUUGGAGUACUCCACUUGCCAGGAAUUCCUGCUGCACGAACUGCUGCAGGCCAUUGAAAACGCCGAGCAGCAGCGGGAGCAGGAGCCGGAGCAGUUGUCCUCCAGCCACAUCCUGAAUCAGCAGGCCAGAAUCAGGCCAGAACCUCAAUUACCAGUCGAGAACAACGGCUGGCUGGCGGGACAGGCGGAGAGCAAGAAGCAGGGCAGCAAGUCAAGUCGUCGCCACCACAAUGGCAACGGCAACGGCAACAGUAAUGGCAAUCCCUCGGAGGCGAUGGAUCCGAAUCAGACGGUGCACACCAAAGGCACCGCCAUGUCCUUUGGCUUCCGCAAGAAGCUCAAUGGGACGCCCAAGAAGUUCAAGAAACUCCUGGAAGGAGGCGGCGACAAGAGCGCAACUCGCACAGACACAAAGGACGACAACGGGAAUGCAGCUGCUCCCGUUCACUUUGAGAAAGUAGGCGCCGCCGCUGCCCAGAAGACUGGGACUCUGGCGGCAGGUGCGGCCGGCGGACGUUUCGGCUACCGUGGGGCGGUGCCACGCCCCGCUUCCGCAGGCCUAACUGCGCCCAGCGAAGAAUCCGAGUCGGAGACGACGGCCAAUGCCCAGAACAACAACCACAAUCAGAACAAUAAUAGUCGCGGAGCGGGAAAUGGUCCCGUAUUGGUGAGCAAUCUGAAACGGCGCUCCAAGAGCGCACACGCCGGGCGAUCCGGCGAUGGGGAUCUCAAAAUAGCCCAGCCCAAGACGCUGACGUUCAACCUGAACCAGAACACCACCAUCGAGUACCAGCGGCGGCAGUUCUUCGGCGAGAUAGCGGACGACACGUCGGGCUCCGGAUCGGGAUUGGGAUCUGGGUCGGGAUCGGUGUCGGUGUCGGGAUCGAGGGCUAUGCAGCCGCGCUAUAACUACAACAACCUGGCCAGCAUGCAUGCCAAUGUCAUAGUUCGCCCCACACCGCGACCCACUCCAGCCAGCUAUGCCAAGUUCACCCUGCAGACGGUGAGCCUUCCAAGGCCGGAGUACCCGGUGGCCAUCAGCCUGACAGCCACCACACCGACCACGCCCAGCAGCAGUGUGCAGUCGCCGGUGCCCGCCCAUUCGACAGGUGCCCGGGCCAAGGACAUCUCCACCAACUCGCGACAGCAUCCCCUGACCUCUGUGCAUGUCCAACCGCAGUCGCGUCACCUCGACCAGAAGAGCGUGAAGCAGCUGACAAACAACUCCACGCGACGAGGCUUCUCUGGCAGCCGGGAGAUUAGUGCCGAUUCGGGUAUAGCCAGCAUGGACAUGGCCAUGGACAGCAGCUCGGGCAGCUCGGUGGGUUCCAAGAGGAGUCGCAGCCGGCCUAGGAACCUCAAGAUGGUGAUGAGUGGCCGGCACACUUUCGAGGUGCGCGAUGCCGAUGAUCCGCCCUCCAGUGAGUCCAACUCCUUUGUAGAGCCACUGGCACUUCCCAAGUUGCCCACUGAUGGCAGUCAGAGUAUCCCUCUACCCUUACUGGGCCUGGUGCGAUCCAAUACGGUGUUGAGUCGCGAGAGCUACGAGCGUCGCCAGGCGGUGACCCCAGGAUCCCAGGAUCAUCAGGAUCAGCGAGAUGGCGAAGCGGAAAAGCCCAAGAACAGUGGCUCCGAUGAGAGCGAAAGUGUGGACGAGGAGAAGCUCUACCUGGACUCGUCCACCUCCGAGAAGAGUGCCAAAAACCAUCACAGUCAGUCCUCGGUGGCCUCCACUUGGCGCCUGCAGGCGGGUGAGUCUCUGGCCGCCCAGGAUUGCAGCAGCAUGAGCAUGAGCAUAAGCAGCGAUACCCAGGCACCGGAGAACGCCAGGGAUAUUGACAAGGAGGAGGACAUGUCCCUGGCUCUGGAUGAGAUCAGUAUGGUCAACACCGACAUGCAGUUUAGCACAAUCUCUUCGAUGACGGAAACCCCACCCAGAGUGGGUCAGGAGCCGCUGCUCAAUCUCCACCUGGUGGACAAUAGGGAGGCGGGCGCAUCUCGUCCCCGCUCUUUCAACAAUGCCCUGAAUGAAUCCAAAUUCGCUGAGUUGGCCCUGGCCAGCAGUAGUUGCCUCCUGCUGGACGAUGAGACCUCGCCCACGGAUAGCUUGGUCAGCAGCACCGAGGAUUCCGAGGAGGCGGGUGGCAAGCUGCAGAAGCACAAGCUGAAUGAGGAGCGUCAGCAGAAGGACAUAGACGACAUCGAUAUAGAUGAUAUAUCCCCGAUCCUGGAACUGGAUCUUGAUCCUCCAGGCGGCCGCAGUCCCAUUUCCCCGGGCACACCCACUCACGCCUCCCAUUCCCUGUCCUUGGGUUCGGAUUGCGGAAAUCUCAUAGAUGAUGAGAUCGCCGACCAGCCGGCUUUGCUGUGCAACAGCGAGGCCCACGAGGUGGCCACGGAUACGCCCACUUUGAUGGAAACGCUCACCCACACCCAGACAGGAUCGCUGCGAUCCCUGAAGAGCCAGUCCAAGGCUCGAACAGCUCUGCAGCAGGCCAUCGAGCUGAGUUUGCGGACUCCGGCUUCGGUGCGAAAGGCGGUGAUGGAUCGUGCUGAGUCCCUGGAUACCCUAUCGCCCUGCGAAUCCAUCUGCUCCGAUGACCUGAUGAUGGACUUCGAUAUGAACAGCAGUGUGGACUCCAUCGAUCACAUGGCCAAUGCCACGGGACGCAGUCGUAGUGGCUCGGAUCUGAACAGGAUUGGUCAGGAGAUAGAUCCCAUGCAGGCGGAGACGGAGGCGGAGCUGCUUUCGGAACUGGAGCGCAAGGGCAGCGAUGUGAUGAAGGAGCUGAAUACCUUGCUGAGGGGAAGGCGGCAGCGCGGAGGACCCAGGGAGAGGAUAAGCGCCCAGUUGCCCGCCCGUGCCACCCGCUUGCUGAACCGCUCGCGUCUCCAGGACCAACAGCUCACCGGCAACGAUUCGGACAAUAGCUUGAGGUCCACCCGCAGUGGAGGAGCUUCGGCAGCUGCUGCUGCCAGGAAGAGAAGCACGGCCAACUCCAGGACUUCGUCCGGCUCCACGGCCAGUCUGCCCCGCCAGCGUCACCUGCAGCAGCAGCACCUGGGGCUGGGAUUGGGUGGCGCAGCCGCAGGAGGAGGAGGAGGAGGGGCAGGAGGAGGAGCUAGUGCAUCCGGAUCAUCCGGCUAUAGGUGCGGGGGCGAGCUGCACAGCUCGUCGGACGAUCUGAUGUUGUAUGACAAGUCCUUCCGCAAUGCCAUGAUCCAGGAUGUGCUGCAGUUCAAGAAGCAGCUGCUGCGACUGCGGCGAAUUCUUCAGGAGCAGCCAGAUUUUGAUUUAAAGCGGACGGAAACGCUCAAUCCCUUCGAGAACGACAACGUUCAGCUGUUCGCCACCUGCGGACUGGACAGCAAGCAGCUGAACGACAUCGACCUGGCCAGCCUGACCUCGUCGACGACGGAGGACCCGCUCCAGGAGCUCUCGGAUCUACGUAGACAGGUGGUUUACCUUCAGGGUCAAGUGGACGAUCGUGAUCGCACCAUCCGCCUGCAGCGCGAUCUCAUCGAGCAAUUGGAGGCCGAGAAGAGGCAGAAGGCCGCCAACGGACCUGGCGGGGAUCCGGCCAAGGAGCUCAUCAGCAUGGCCACCCAAACGGAGCGGCUAUCGUCUAUUUCAAUUCCGAUUCCACUUUCACAGACACGACCACUUGCCAUUGGUGCGGAGGGUUUGUCCAGAAGUAAGCCCGAAUAUACCAGUUAUACCACGCACUUUCCGACGCUCCACAUGCACGAUUCCACGCUGGCAGCCACGACGAUAAUCCGCCACCACCAGAGCAACCACAGCCAGGAGCACAAGCAGCCGGAGAAGUCCUGUCCGGCUCUCAGCCAGACCCGCCGGCACACCAUAAUCUCCACCACGCUGACCAACUACAAUCAGCAGCUGGCGGCUGCUUUUCCGGACACCCCCAGGCGCUCCUCCAUCGGAUGGGACACCCCGCCGACCCUGCCCAAUGGCAGUGCCUACAAGCCCGUAAGGAUCACGCUCAUCGGGGAGGCACUGCCCCUGCAGAAUAAGUCAUCAACCGGUUCGCUAUCCUCGUCAUCGUCAGCCUCGUCGUCCUCCUCGUCGACGUCUUGCCUAGGCCAAAAUGCAAACGUGGUCAAAAUGCGCUAUCCCAAGGGCUGUCAGAGUGUCAAGAACGGAUCGAGUGCCCAUUAUCAGCCGUUGUACAACAGCAACAAGAUGACAAACCCAACCGUAACUAUAGUCUGAUCUAGAUACCAGUUUUCAGUUAUCAAAGAACAUCGUAUUCGCCGUCGCAAGUCUUCUGGGAAACGCUCUAAAAACAGACUCCUUCAGUGUGAAAAUAGACCUAGUACAAGAUCUUAACUAGUGUAAGCCACUUAUAUAUUUGCAUCUUAGCCAAGCGCUCUUGAAAGGCAGUUUAGUAAAAUGUAUUUGCUUGUAAGGAAUGUACUUUAAAAUAUCUCCAUAUAUGUCUGUACGUAUAUCCAUUGCUUCAAUAUAAUAUUAGACUACAUUUAACCGUCUUUGUGGCUUGAUUUUGGCUUCCAAAUGACAGUUUGUUAGCCAGAUAUAUGAUAUCCGCCAGUCUGAGCAUUUUCAAGAGCCUCCAAGUAAAAUACCCAAAGCACAAAUCGAAAAAAUGUGCAUACCCUUCAGAUAUGUAUAAUCUAAAAUAGUUUCUAGUUAAUUUUUGAUUGUUACUUGUUUUCCUUCUAAGCUUUAGUCUAAGUUAGUGAGUUUUUCUUGGCUUCAUUUCCCUGUAAUUUGUAUAAUACGCGCUAUGAUAGAUGUCUAGACCGUAAAUCUAUGAGAGCAAAACAUAAUAUUUUUUCUCCAAGAGCACAAUAAUCGCGCGUCAAGUAAUUAUCCGAUAUUAUAUAACGUAUACUGUAUGUAAACCACUAUUAAAGAGUUAUAGAAGGUACCUAUCAAUAGAGAAAGAUAAA